CAAAACGAGAGGGGUAAAAAAUACACACACACGUACCAGAUCGUAAAGUGGGUAUGAUUUAACAGUGUAUGAAAUAAAAAAAAAAACAAUGACCAAACACUAUGUGCACCCUUGUCCGUCGCCCACGCCAUUCGAUAUGACCGCGUGUAGCUAGUACAUAAUAUGUCAAAUAAUAGUCAAAUAGACGACAACAGAUUGAACAUGGCCCCGUUCGUAAAAAACCUAUGCGGACCGCCGCCGUAGUUAUUAACAACAACAAUAGUUGUAGCGAUAAUAAUUCAUUAUAGUACGAAGGCAUCGGGUGGAGUGGCGGUUUACAGCUUAUGGUUUGCGAUUGACCCAUAAUUGCAAUUAUUUCCUUUUCCCCCGUUUGAUUCAGAAAUAAUAGUCGGCUAUUGUAUUUUCAUUACUAUUCUAUUUAUAUUGAUAAUAUUAUUUAAUUUUUUCUUUUUUUACAGCCCGAGCAAAUCAAAUGGGUUACCUAUUACACGCGGUCCUACGUUUUGUGUGACUGACAGGUAUAGAGCAGCAAUAGGGUGGUUCUUUUGGCUGCCACUAUCACAUCAUUAUCAUUGUGUAUAGCUAUAUAUUCGCGAAUUGCCAACAUUGCUUACGUACAGUACCGAUUUCGAGCUAAAAAAAUAAUAAACGCGUGAUCACAUACGUAUUGUCAAUCGCUGAAAUAUAGUUUAGGAGUCACUUGCUAUAAGUACACAGUGCACCAAGUCAAAUGAUCCAGAUGAAAUCAUAGCUAUUCCAACAAAAAUGGUUUUUAUGGAAAAUAAUCGAUUUGGAUAUGAAGUUAAAUUUUUAAAUCUCCCAUUUAAUUACAAACCAGUAGAUAAAAAUUGGUGUAUAGAAAAAUGUAUUAGUUUGGGGUUUACUUAUAAGGAACCAAAUAUAAAUCAGAAUUUAACAGCAAAUAUGAUUCCAAUUGAUGUUUAUUUUCAUGACCAAGGACUUUUCGAUGUUUUGUCAGAAUUAAUUUGUAAGGACAGCAAAUAUAACUUAGACAUAUUUAGAAAUACUUCUAAAAAUCUUAUUAAAAAUAAAGACAUAAAGAAGUUUAUUAAUAAUGACAGAUGGUUUAAAAAUGAUUUAAAGUCUCAUAUUGAACAAAAAAAUCCAAGAUUUAUAAAGCCACUUUGGGAAUUGUAUAUUUUUGCUGCAGCUUAUUAUUUAGAUGUGUGUAUUUAUGUCUUCAAAGACUCUCAAAACAUAUGGGUAUACUUCCGAAAAGGUUGGCCCAAAUAUAAAAAAGUAGAUAUGAAAAAUGAAAAAUGCAUUUAUUUAUACAUGUAUGAACGAAUUAAUUAUAUUAAUGUUGUAACUAAUGUGACUGGACCAUAAUAGAUAAUUUUUACAUGUAUUUAAUAAUUUUAUAAAUAUAAACAAUCUAUACAAAAAUAUAUCGGUAAUAAUCUUAAUAAUCAAAAAUUUUGCAUUAGCUCAUGUUUAACUUGUUUACCUACUAAAAAUAUAUCCACCGUGUUUUCAUUAUUAUCGAAUUGUUGAAAACGGUUUUACUAU